AUGCGGAGAAAGCUUAGGAGCCGAGCUGUCUUCCCUCCCCUCCCUUCCUUCCCUCCCUUCUCUUCUCCCUCUCUCUGCCUUCCUCUCUCCAGCGUCCCUCCUCUCCUCUCGUUCUCCCCCCACCCACUUUCCCCCACCCGCCACCCCCCUUUUCGUCCCUACUCCCCCUCUCCCCUCCCCCUUCCCCCAUCCCCUCCCCCCCUCCCUCCUCCCUUUCCCCUUCUCCGACUUUCGUACCCUUGUCAUCCCUUGUCCUCGUUCUGGCCCUCGCUCUGCUCUACGAAGCACCCACCCGCCUAUUUUCUCCUCAUCCUAGCUCUACCCGCGCUCAUGUUCUGCCCUCUUUCCCUUAUACCCCCGCCCCGCCUUUUCUUCUUCCCCGCUCCCUCCCCUCUCACCCCCCCGCCCCGCCCCUCCUCCCCCUCCCCCUCCUCUCUCUCCCUCCCCCACGCCUUUCCCUUUUUCUGGACAGCAGUUUCGCACCUGAGCCAAGGAAUCCGCGUUAGAAGCAGUGUAACCACGACCGCGCAUGCUACCAGCAGAAGCGGAACUAUCAGCAGCCCCUCUUCCCCCACCUUCGGAGCUCGCCCUUUCUCGUUGGAGACGCGGUUUCGAAUCCCGGCGACGCCAUUCGCGCCCCUGGUGGGGUGGGGGUCCGCGCGGAAAGGGGCUGCGCGGAAUGGGAGCGCGCGGAACAGCCUGGCGGAAGGGCAGGGGAUGGGGGAGGUGGUAAAGAGCGGAGUUACCCGCGCGCAGGAGAAUUUGGAUGCGUUUGUGCGGUUCACCCGCCCGCACACCAUGAUUGGCACGACCAUCAGCAUCGUGUCCGUGUCUCUGCUCGCAGCUGCCUCUGUCGCGGAUCUAAACACACGCUUCCUCGUCGGCCUCUUACAGGCGGUGGUACCGGCACUGCUCGCGAAUGUGUACAUUGUGGGGCUCAACCAGCUGUUCGACAUUGACAUUGAUAAGGUGAACAAGCCGUACCUCCCUCUCGCCAGUGGGGAUUUCUCUGUGCGGACAGGCGUCACCAUUGUCACUGUCUGCGCUGUCCUCAGUCUUGCUCUGGGCAUUCUCUCGGGCUCCAUGCCGCUUCUGGCAACGCUCGUCAUCAGCAUGCUGCUUGGAACAGCCUACUCCAUUGACCUGCCCUUCCUCCGCUGGAAGCGAUUCCCUGUCAUGGCAGCAUCGUGCAUCCUGGCAGUGCGUGCAGUCAUCGUGCAGCUAGGUUUCUACUCACACAUGCAGAUGGCAGUGAUGCAGCGCUCCCUGCAGCUCUCCUCGCAGCUCAUCUUCGCCACGGCCUUCAUGUGCACCUUCUCCAUCGUCAUCGCUCUCUUCAAGGACGUGCCUGAUGUGGAGGGGGACCGGGUUUUUGGCAUCCGCUCUCUCAGCGUCAGGGUCGGCCAGAAGAAGGUGUACUGGUUCUGUGUGUCCAUCCUGCUUGCAUCCUAUGCUGCCGCUACCAUCAUGGGUCUCACCUCAUCCACGCUCUGGUCCAAGGUCCUCUCUGUGGUGACCCAUGUGGGUGCAGCCACAGCUCUGUGGCGCGUGGCAUCAUCAGCAGACCUGUCGAGCCAGCAGGACAUCACGGAUGUAUACAUGUUCAUAUGGAAGCUUUUCUACCUCGAGUACCUCUUCAUUCCCUUCUUGAGAUGA